CAGCAGUUGCGCUUCGAAGCAAACAUCAACAGAGUAAAGGUUUCUCAGGCGGCUGCAGAGCUUCAGCAGUUCUGCAUUCAGAACGCCCUACAAGAUCCUCUGCUGACCGGUGUGUCUUCGAGCACCAACCCCUUCAGGACACAGAAGGUUUGCUCCUUCUUGUGAGGGUCCAUGAUGGGCAUCUGCCACUGGCUUUUUCCUGUUCCUGUGACAUUUCUGCUGGGAAAAAAAGAGAAGAAAACCACUGCCAUGAUGUGUAAUUGUUGCCAGUUAAUACCUCGUGCCAUAA